AUGCUCUACACCGAAGAUGACAAGCUCAUCUUCCGUUUCGACGACCAUAUCCUCUGGGUGCAGCCAUGGGGAGAGAAUGCCUUCCGCGUACGUGCAACGAGACAGGCGUCAAUUCCAAUGGAAGAUUGGGCCCUCUCCUCCAAGCCACCCAGCCCAAACCUAAGCAUUGAGAUAUCUACUGACCAAGAGGCGACUAUUACAAACGGCAAGAUCAAAGCAACUGUGUCACGCAGAGGCAAGAUUAUCGUCUACGAUUCGAAGGGAAACAAACUCCUCGAGGAGUAUGCCCGCCACCGCCUGGAUCCAAUGGACCCCAAGUGCAGCGCGCUGACUAUCGAAGCUCGCGAGAUGCGUCCAAUCCUAGGCGGCGACUACCACCUCACGAUGCGAUUCGAGUCUCUCGAUCGCAAAGAGAAGAUCUUCGGUAUGGGACAGUAUCAGCAGCCCUACCUGAACCUGAAAGGCCAGUGUUCCUUUGCGGUUUCGUCGCUCGGCUACGGCUUCCUCUGGAAUAACCCCGGCAUUGGACGGGCGGUUCUGGGAACAAAUAUCAUGAGCUUUGAGGCGUAUUCGACCAAGGCAUUGGACUACUGGGUUGUAUCGGGUGACACCCCCGCGGAGAUUGAAGAGGCGUAUGCCAAAGUGACGGGUUAUGUUCCUAUGAUGCCAGAAUAUGGUCUUGGUUUCUGGCAGUGCAAGCUCCGCUACACGAACCAGGAGCAGCUGCUCGGUAUUGCGCGCGAGUACCGGCGUCGCGAGGUUCCUCUGGAUUUGAUUAUCAUUGAUUUCUUUCAUUGGAAGCAUCAAGGAGAAUGGAGCUUUGAUCCGGAGUUCUGGCCAGAUCCGGAGGCCAUGGUCAAGGAGCUUAAAGAGCUCAAAAUUGAGCUCAUGGUUUCCAUCUGGCCCACCGUUGAAAAUGCAUCCGAGAACUUCCCAGAGAUACUCGAACAAGGGCUUCUCAUCCGUCACGACCGCGGCAUGCGCGUAGCGAUGCAAUGCGACGGCGACAUCACACACUUCGACGCAACGAACCCGGCAGCCCGAAAGUUCAUCUGGAGUAAAGCCAAGCAAAACUACUACGACAUAGGUAUCAAAACAUUCUGGCUCGACGAAGCCGAGCCUGAGUAUUCGAUCUACGACUUCGAUAUCUACCGCUACCACGCCGGCAGCAACCUGCAGGUCGGAAACACCUACCCGAAAGAGUACGCCCGGGGUUUCUACGAAGGCAUGACUGCAGAGGGUCAAACGAACAUCGUCAAUCUCCUGCGGUGUGCAUGGGCGGGCAGUCAGAAGUACGGAGCGCUCGUGUGGAGCGGCGACAUCGCGUCGUCGUGGAGCUCCUUUCGCAACCAACUCGCAGCGGGCCUGAACAUGGGGCUAGCCGGGAUUCCAUGGUGGACGACCGAUAUUGGCGGUUUCCACGGCGGCAACCCCAAGGAUCCUGCGUUCCGCGAGCUGUUCACGAGAUGGUUCCAGUGGGGAGCGUUCUGUCCGGUGAUGCGGCUGCAUGGUGACCGUGAGCCGAAGCCGGAGGGACGGCCGACGGCUAGCGGGGCGAAUAAUGAGAUCUGGUCAUAUGGGGAUGAGGUUUAUGAAAUCUGUAAACGGUAUAUUGGGAUUCGCGAGCAGCUUCGCGAGUACACGCGCGGGUUGAUGCGGGAGGCUCAUGGAAAGGGGACUCCUGUGAUGAGGACUUUGUUUUACGAGUUCCCGUCGGAUGAACAAGCUUGGGAGGUCGAGACUCAGUAUAUGUUUGGGUCGAAGUACUUGGUUGUGCCUGUGUUGGAGCCAGGUCAGCGCAAGGUCAAGGUCUAUCUGCCGGCUGGGGCAUCGUGGAAGCUCUGGGACGAAAAGGAUACUGUGUACGAGGGCGGUCGCGAUGUUGAGAUCGAAUGUCCGAUUCAGAGUAUGCCUAUAUUCGGUCGCCAGUAA